GAGAUCCUUUCGCUGUACAACAACACGAUCAAGCAGCUGGACGAACACGCCUUCGACGGGCUCGGCCAUCUGCGGUUGCUGUACAUGGACGAGAACCAGAUCGAGAAGCUGCCGGAGGGGCUGUUCUCGGGCCUGGAGGAGCUCCAGAUACUGGAGCUGCAGCACAAUCGCAUCAAGGAGAUCGGCGACGAUCAGUUCGUGCUGUGCCCGAUGUUGCGCGAGCUCAACCUGAGCGCCAACAUGGUCAGCACGUUCAACAUGACGCAGCUCGCGUCGCUGAACAAGCUCGAAACGCUGGACAUUGCCCGCAACUACCUGGACGAGGUGUUCAUCACGAAGUACGUGCGAACGCUGAACGCCCAGGAGAACCAGAUCAGUCGCAUCGUCAUGGACCAGGGUGACUUCUUCCAGUUGACGCACCUCAACCUCUCGCGCAACAACAUCGCCAACAUCAACAACAUCUUCAAGCUGCGCAAUCUGAUCGAGCUGGACGUUUCGUACAACGAGCUGGUGACGCUCGACUUUGUCAUCUUUGCGUUCAUGAAGAACCUGAAGGACAUCAAGCUGAACAACAAUCGGCUGUGGAUCCUCGACAACGGUAUCCCGUCGCCGGCCAAGUCGCUGCGCAGCCUGAACCUGGCGCACAACAAGUUUCUGUACCUGGACCUGGCCGUCCUCGAGACGUUUCCCGCCCUGGAGUACAUCUAUCUGCACGGGAACGAUCUGAUCGACAUGACGCUCGAGGAGAUCGAGCAGCACUUCCCAUACCUGACGCUCGUUUCGUGUGACAACAACGACUGGGAUUGCAUCAACUUGAUGCACAUCGUCACGCUGCUCGAACGGGCGUACAUCAAGUGGUCGAACGGGAACCGGAACUGCACCCGGCCCGAGCAGCACCGGCUCAUCUGCUGCACCACGGCCGAGCACCAUCUGCGCGAGAAGAUCGUCCGGUUGACGCGCGAGAUCUACCGGUCGCGCAAGAUGAUCAAGCAGCUCAUCAUGGAGAACGCCGAGCUAAGGAGCGAGGUCGAGAUGCAGUACCUGCCCGGUGACGUGCGGCGUGGCCACGGGUCUCCGGCACCACUCGACCGGCCGGCCGGACAGUUUUCGCUGAACCAUUGCCACGGACGGAGAGUUUGCCAUGUGCGACGACCCGGACGACGCAUUCGAACGCUUCCCGUGAGACGCUUCCCGAGUGAGUGGUGUAGAGUGACGAUGGUGACCAGGGAAGGUGGUGGAGUGCUGUGGCUGGCCGUUUUCGCACUGAAGCUAUCGCUCGGCCCGGCCGGUGCUGAGAUUGUGAUCUGCAACUACGAACAGUUCCAGCUCUUCGACAGCAUGUACCGGCCCCGGACGGACCACUUCUGCGUGUUCUCGGACGUGUACCUCGGCCAGGACGUGCGCGGGGCCGACUUUCUGGCCAGCAGCCUCGACUACAAGCGCGUCGCGUUCACAAACUCCAAGUUCGCGCAGGUACCGCCGUCACUGUUCAAGAACUUCGACGACAUCCGCGAGCUGUACGUACGCCGGUGUUCCGUCGAGACGCUCAAAGUGACGCGCCAGCUGGAGAAGGUGUUCGCCGGCAGCAACCGGAUCGUGUCGGUCCAGCUCGAUGGCAACAGCUCCAACAGCCUGCGGGAGCUGUAUCUGGACGGGAACCGGCUGCGGGGGUUGUCCAACCUGACGCACCUGCCCAACCUGGAGGUGCUGGUGCUCGAGAACAACCCGCUGCUGGGUGACGUGGACUUUGCGCAAUUCGCUCGCAUGGAGCACCUGUGGAAGCUGGAUCUCGAGCGGAUCGGCAUGCGCACGGUCCGGAACGGGCUGCAGCGCCCUCUGGAGGCGCUACGGAGGCUCGAUCUGUCCAACAACGAGCUGACGUAUGUGCACGUCCGCAUGUUCCGGACGUUCCCCCGGCUGGAGCACCUGUGGCUGCACGGGAACCAGCUGUACUUUCUCGAGGCGGACCAGCUCCCGGCCGCGAUGCCGGCGGUGCGGAGCAUCGUCAUCGACGACAACUACUGGGGCUGCGGACAUCUGGCCGUGCUGGGGAAGCAGCUCCGCGACCGGGGCAUCAUUAUCCGGCACGGCGAGUGCCGGACCCGGGCCGUCCAUCGGGUCUGCUGCUCGGACGUGACCGACGUCGUCGACUUUCGGUACAUCAUCGAGAUGGGCAUAAGGCGCGAGGAGCGUCUGGUGCAGGACAUGAGCGAACUGCGGACCGUGGCCGGGUUGCUGCGGCAAGAUCUGGAGCAACUGCGCCACCAGCUGGCCGCGAUGAACCUCACGGAGCCGGCGGUGGAAGUCACCACCAGCCAGGAGUCGGCCGAGUCGAGCGGUUUGAGCGUUUCGGCCGAGGAGGACUACGAGGACGAGGACGAUCGUAAGGGCAUUUUCUACUUUCCGAUCGUGCAAAGUGGUUCAAUUCCUGCAAGCAUGGCGCCGCUAGGCAUCUUUCUGCUGAGUAUAUUCUUGGCCGGAUCACCGACCGUCGUCGAGUGUCAGUACGGCUCAGCCGGUAGAUAUCAGCAGCCACAGCCCGCUCAAACAGACUAUGCUGCAUGGUAUCAGCGAUACUUCUGCAUGGAGAGUACUGAGAACUAUGAUUGUAUAUUUAAAAACGUCCACACCGCACGUCCCUACCAAUCGAGUGCACCAUCGUACGCCUUCGGCAGUGGCAACGUUUCCUCAACGCACCUCAAGCUGGCUUUCCGCGAUUCAACGCUCCGUUUCUUGCCCAAAGCACUGCUGGAUUCGUUCCCUUACGUAGAGGUGCUGAAUUUGGAGAGCUUGCAGAUGGAUUCCAUCGAGCAGAGAGCCUUCCGGCAGGGCUUACAUCUCAGGGAACUGUUCAUGAACCACAACCAUCUCACGGCGCUGGAUGCGGGAGUUUUCAAUCAUUUGAGCUCGCUCCAGAUGCUCGUGAUGGACAGAAACGAGCUUGCGCAACUGCCAGCGGGCGUGUUCGAUUAUCUGGCCAACCUUACCGUGCUCUCGAUGUCGAACAAUAAGCUGCUUCGCAUCGAGGACGCCACCUUCCAGUAUGUGCGAGCUCUGGAGUACCUGAACGUGUCGAGCAACCAGAUCGAAUACUUCAAUCCCAGCCGGAUCGUGAACGCGUCUGAUAUCGACGUUAGCUUCAACUUGCUGACCCAACUAGAGAUCCCGGCAAGGCUGACGUCACUGUACGCGCAGAAUAAUCGCAUCCAAACGAUUCUAGGACAGAGCGGAAUGCUCGAGGAACUCCAGUUGUCACACAACAAUCUGUCGGGUCUGGAGUGGCUGCCACGGUUUCCGGGCCUCCAUCAGCUCGAUGUGUCGCACAACGAGCUGGAGGAGGUGAAAGCGAUCCACUUUAAGGGCCUCAAGAAGCUGCAGACUCUUCUGCUGAACAACAACCGCUUGUUUACGCUGGACGUCAACUCGGACUCGCUGCAAAAGCUAAAGGUACUCGAUCUGUCCCACAACCAGCUGGUAUAUGUGCUGAAAAAUGGACCACUGUUCAGCAAGCUGCAAGAACUGUACCUUCACCACAACGCCAUUGUGUCGUUGAAGCUGACCGCUGGUCAUGGCAUAAGGAACAUCAGUUUGACCCGCAACGAUUGGGAUUGCAAAAAUCUCCGUGAGCUGCUACCGGUUCUAUCGGACACGACGGUCAGCGCCGAUGAGGAGGGCUACUGCAAACCCCAGUACAUCUCCGAGCAUGUACAAGGUGUCCAGAUUUGCUGCAAAGAGAGCAACGCGCCCUACCUAGACCGGCUUAUGGAACAGAUUCGACUGACCAGUGUGUUUGAGAAGAAUACGCGGACGAACAAUCGGUGCACCGUUGAGAGCGGUCUG